CUGUUCCUUGCUCCACUGCACUGUGUUUAACUAAGUAAUAGUACUAGUGGUAGUGCAACGCCCCACUCCUCCGAUGGCGGGCGCCAACGUCUCUGAGUUUGUCCUUGGUGGCGUGGCCGCCUGCGGGGCCUGCCUCUUCAGCAACCCCCUGGAGGUGGUCAAGACGCGCAUGCAGCUCCAGGGCGAGCUGAAAGCCCGGGGAACCUACCAGCGCCACUACCGCAACGUCUUCCACGCGUUCUUCACCAUCGGCCGCGUGGACGGCCUGCUGGCCUUGCAGAAGGGCCUGGUGCCCGCCCUCUGGUACCAGCUCUUCAUGAACGGGGUUCGGCUGGGCAGCUACCAGUGCUUGGUCAACCUGGGCCUGACCAAGAACAGGAAAGGGGAGGUGAGCGUGCCGCGGAGCGUGGCCGCUGGGGCUGUGGCCGGCUGCACGGGGGCGUUCUUCGGCAGCCCGUUUUAUAUGGUCAAAACUCACUUACAAGCACAGUCCCACAAUGUCAUAGCCGUAGGCUACCAGCACACGCAUUCCAGCUUCACCACUGCCAUCCUUCACAUCUUCCGAGAGGGCGGAGUCACAGGGUUAUGGAGGGGGGUCACGGCGGCUGUGGUGCGCGUGUCUGCUGGUUCGGCAGCCCAACUUUCCACGUUCUCGACGUCCAAAGAACUGGUUAUCAAGGCCAAUUUAUUCCACCCGCAAAGUAUCGCCGUACCCUUACUUGCCGGCAUGGCAAGCGGAGUCGUGGUGGUCUGCGUCAUGACGCCCUUCGACGUCAUCAGCACGCGGCUAUACAACCAGGGCCUGGAUGCACGCGGCAAGGGGCUCUACUACAGCGGCUUCACAGACUGCUUGCUGAAGAUUUACCAAAAGGAAGGCCUGUUGGGUUUCUACAAAGGCUGGUCAGCGUCGUGGUUUCGGCUGGCGCCGCACACCGUCCUCAGCCUCCUGUUCUGGGACGAGGCCAGGAAACUAUACAAAAAGGCCCGAGGUGCGGUAUAAUGGCUUGAUGCACAGCUGCUAGAGGGCGCCAUUGUAAACUGUGAAAUGCGUAUACAUUAGUGUUGUGCAACUGAAGCCUUCGUCAUUUUAGUUGGAUUGGGUCUGUUUCGGUUUAGCGUUUGCAACUUUCGGGUCGGAUCGGUUGAGCCGUUUUGGAACCCCCCCCCCCCCAAAAAAAACCCCAAAACUUUCUUGCUAUCAGUUUAUGAACAUGCUUGCAUGCUAAACAAAUUAGCAUGAGGUGAUAGCAAGACAGUGUUUAGAAUUGUGUUUACUCGCUUAAAUCAUUUUUGUAGGCCAGGCAAAUUUCCACACAGAGGCAAUUAGGCUACCUUUGUCCUAAUGCCUAAAAUUGAAAACUUGGUCCAAAAAUCAAUUUGACCUCGCUUGGAAAAAAAUACUAUCAAGAAAUAUCAGUUUUGGACGUUUGUUGUCUCAUUUUAAAGUGGAAAGGCGUAUCUUUCAAACCAUAUCUAUAUUAUCUAUGUUGGUUACAACAUUCUACGUUUGGCAUUCCGUUGUUGUUGUUGUUGUUGUUGUUUUUUGAUACACAUUGUAGAGCACCGGUAUGUUUAUCUGGUGGUGACUCAUUCGAAUCCUGCUUCUGUCAAAUGUCUUUUUUUUUCCACCCUUUUUUAUUCCCCAAAACUCGAGCAUUUACAAAAUUGUGAAACAUUAUAUUUUCAAUUUGAAAAAAAAAAUAUUAAGGUUAGAUUUUGAUAUAUGGCGCCCUCUGGUGACUGUGCAUUAUGCCAUUAGGAUUGUUAAAUUGACGAUGUAAUCGUCUGAAUAAUGUUGCCUUAAUUAAUACAUUUAUAUGAGUGCUGGAGACGAAGGUGCUGUACGUCCCGAGGGGACUAUCUUACCUCACAGCAGUCAACAAUUGUUUUGUUAUAUAUGCCGAUAAGUCAAAAGAUAAAUUUUGCAAGAAAUAAAUUGAAGGUACAAUAUUGUAACGAAAAUGCAAGUCAUGAUUACUUUCCAGUAAGCACACUUUAUUCUUCACUCUGAUAAGAUACAGGUUCCUUUCAUAAACUUAAUUGAUAGGACUUACGGAAGAUAAGAAGAUAAGUUUAAAGUUAACAACUCGUAUUUCAACGAGAAGAAUUAAUGCCAGUACAGUUGACUGUGUAUUGAUAAUAGGGCCUAUGAUAAACUAAUGGUAGAAUAACUGUUAAAUGAAAUGACUUGUACAAGUUUAAUUCAUCGAAGCUUUCUAGGUCAAGACGCUAUGAUUAUUAUGAAUAAGAAUAAUAUUUGGCGCAGUGGUUUACGGCCAAUCAGAGCAUUGCAAGAGACAUUUUGUUAUGAUGUGCUAGCUCCUUGCGCUAUGUACGCGCCCAAACGCUAUGAGAGACGAGCCAAGUCAGGGCUCGGUGUUCAGAUCGUGACUGGUUCUGGCCUGGUGAGGAAGUUCACCCAGAAUAAGGAGCGCGUCGUACUCAACGUUCGAUUGCAAUGCACAUUGGCGCUCCGCCUCAUCGUUAUCCACAUAGACAUUAGAUUAUACGCAUCGGGCACGGUGUGUGCCAACAGUAUUGGAAGACAAUAAAACCAUUAUUAUUAUUUGAAGAACAACA